AUGAGCGAAUGGAUGGGUGAGUGGCUGAGAGCAGAUGCACCUCAGAGCACCUCAGAGCACCCUAUAGCGCGUCGGGUGGGACCUGUGGGCCACGUGAGGUGUGAGAGCGCACCAGGGGUGUCUUUCCCAGUGCUGGUGGCACCAGCUCUCUGCGCCUCAGCUCUCUUCCCUCACUGUGUAUGUGCUGCUUGUUUGUUUGUCCUGGAGAGGCUGGACGGGGGACUAAUGCGAGCCCGGGGGCCAGCCAGGUCGGAGACGCCGCUAAACCCGAGCCGCCUGCUGCAGAGCUGCUCCGUGGCCACGGCCGAAGCCUUGUUUGGACUGCAGCUCCGGUUUGCUUUCUUAGAGGAAGCUGAGCUGCUGUAA